GCAUAAGGAAGUGCCAACGAGGAGGGGGGACAGGACAGGGGAAGGGGGGCAAUGGACCAACAAGAAGGUCGACGUCGCGCUUUCCGCCUCUACCGACGAGCGAGAGGGUCUAUCGUGCAGCGAGCGCUACGGAGGACCUUCUUUUCCACCCCGCGAGCUGCUGCCGCAACUUCUCCCGUCUCUACUUGCGCGCUACUGCUCAGUACGAGUGCGAGUGGUCGGCGGCAGGAGAAGAGAAGCGGCACAUCAGCAGGUGGGAAGGAGGGGUCAGUCCGUACGCUCAUCUGCCCUGACCCGCUCCAUCGACUGAUACUCUUGGUCCUAGAUGAAGACCACAUACGGCUGCUCUUUACACAGAAACACCCCCUCCUGGCAAAAGAUUGAUGCGGAGGUUAACUUGUUGGGUCACUCACGGGAGCUACACUUUGGUACUGACGAACGCAAUUUCAUCUCUCCACCCCCCCUGCACGUUGCUUUUCUUCAUACUCAGGCGCCUCCCCACCUACAACGGCUGCUUUGCUCCACCUGCUCUAGUCCGCUGGGCAAGGAGUUGCCGGACUCGACGAUGCGUCUAGAGAAGUACGCUUUGCGUCCCGCUGCCGCCGCUUCCGGUGCCGACAUCGAUGUCAACACGGUGGGGACCUCUGGGCGAGGAGGCGACUCGUACGCACCCCUCUUGCUGGCCGUGGCAGAGGAGAUGGAGCGCGCCUCGCUUGCGCAGGCCGUCAGGCACUUUGUGCUGGUGGAGGAGGAGAGCGGUGAGGAGAAGGCCACACUCUGGUACUUCCAACCCUCCUUCUAUCUCUCCCUUCUCCCAUCGAGGGACCUCCUCGUCUCCCUUGGACUUCAAGGCAAGCCCGUAGACGAGCCCCUCGUUCUGAAUGCCGCCAAGAUCCUUUACACGCUCGUUGAAGAGGAUGGUGCUCCUGCCCCCGACGUUUCAGGAGAGCAAAAGGAACAGCGAUCUCAACCUAUGCAAGCAGAAAGUCUCGAGCCCAUCGUCCUCCCUGCGAUAUAUGUGCAGCGGUUGUGCGAGGCGCUCCGCGGGAGUAACGAGGUCUACCCCGUCAGCAGGAGGAGAUUUGGGCAUUGGAGCAUUGGAUGGCUUCCAAGGAGUGGUGCGGAGGGAGGCGAGCGCGGGUGAGAGAUGUAGUUGUUGGCGAGUGGAGACGAGGUACGGUGGAAAGGAAGUCCUGAGAACCAAGUCUGAAGAACAUAGGUCACAUCAUGUCCGAUGCACUUCUCAUACACCACAAUCACAUCUUCAUCGAUUGCUAUAAUACAA